UCAAAAUGAAACAGUCGAUCAGUUUGUAAUAUGGGGAAUAAACAUCACAGUACAAAAAAUAAAAACAGUUUCAAAACUUGCAAAGAUAUUUCUGUCCAGUCCAUGGAUGACCAAGUUUCUUCCAUCAGUGUACACAGUAGUAUUCAUUGUGUCACUGCCACUGAAUAUAAUGGCAAUCAUCAUCUUCCUCGUCAAGAUGAAGAUCAGAAAGCCGGCCGUGGUCUAUAUGUUGAACCUGGCAGUUGCUGAUGUAUUGUUUGCUAGUACAUUACCUUUCAAAAUAAUUUAUCAUUUCUCUGGAAACAACUGGAUCUUUGGUUCCGGAAUAUGCAGUUUUGUUGCAGAGACUUUUUACUGUAACAUGUACUGCUCCAUUCUGCUCAUUACGGCUAUCAGCGUGGACAGGUUCCUGGGAGUGGUCUUUCCAAUCCAGUCUCUUUCCUGGCGCACUGUGCGUCGUUCCUGGAUGGUCUGCAUUCUAAUCUGGGUGAUAUCCAUAGCUACUACUGUUCCAUUGUUCACAACCGAGCAACCGAAACACAUUGCCGAAUUGAAUAUCACCACCUGUCACGAUGUCGUAGAUGUAAACAAAAAAGAACUCUUUUAUGUUUUUUAUUUUUCCACUUUUUGUUUUGUUUUCUUUUUUAUUCCUUUGAUCUUCACAACCAUCGCUUAUAUCGGAAUUAUUCACACCCUCAGAUUCUCAACGUUCGGUAAUGCUUUAAAGAGAAGACAAGCUGUGUUUCUUUCCGUUAUCGUGUUUUGCAUUUUUGUGAUGUGUUUUGGGCCAACCAAUGUGAUCUUCCUAUCUAACUAUUUAUAUUUACUGAAUGGCAUUGUCAAUGAGUAUCUGUAUUUUGCCUAUAUCCUGUGUGUCUGCAUUGGCAGUAUUAGCUGUUGUCUCGACCCACUCAUUUAUUACUAUGUGUCCCCAGAAUGUCAGAUAUAUCUGUACCAGUUACUCAGUGGUAAGGACACCACUAGUUUGAGCAGAACCAAAGCACUCUUAGAAAAAUAGCUCUCCCUGUGACAUUUGAAUUACACACAUAAUUUAUUGCUUGUGACAAAUCCAGAAAAGGUAUGAAAUAUUUAUCCAUAGACUGGAUGCAAGAAGAUUGAAAUGCAUUACUGUUUGUUUCUCUAUAUAAGAUAAUAUAGCUGCACAUUCCAUUACUGUAUAUAAGAUAAUAGUAGCAGUAUAUUCCAUUACUGUAUAUAAUAUAAUAUAAUCUAUGGUGAAUGAAUCAUAAUGUUCAAGGAUAAACACAUAUAUUUUACUAUUUCAGUCCAAAAACCUGUGAGCACAGAGCGGAUUUAAAUAUACACUGCUUGUUAUUUCCAAGCCACACAUAUGAGCAGAGAUCCAUCAGCC